AUGAAGUACACCGCCAUUUUCGCUGCCUGCCUCGCCGCCACCACCGUCUUUGCGGGUGCCAUUGACCCCAACACCGUCGACCCCUGUAUCAAGGGCUGCGUCUCCGACGCUGCGUCGGCCGUCGGCUGCAGCGACCCGCUCGACGCCAGCUGCCUCUGCGGCUCCAAGAGGAACGACUUUACCAUCAAAGCCCUCACUUGCCUCCAGUCCAAGUGCCCGGACAAGAUCGCCCAGGCUGCCGGCCUUCAGUCGCAGCUGUGUGGCUAA